AGCGACUUGACGGCUAUAUAAACUGGAUGUUUGAGGAGUGAGGCAUCAGUGUCUUGACUAGAACUCUCCGACUCAUACCUUGCAACACUCGCAACACCUGCAACAUGAAGUCUAUUGUAAUGUUGGCUCUGCUUGCUGUGGCGGUGGCUGAUAAGCGACCACUCACAACCUAUGGAGCACCAGGCCCAGCACCUAGUCAUGGACACCAGGGACCCCAGAUCGCUAUCAUCCGCGACGAUCGAGUACACCCUGAUGCCCAGGGCCUUUACUCCUUAAACUUGGAGACCGAGGACGGUAUUGUGAGGCAGGAGUCUGGCGGCCCCGGUGGUAGUCAACAGGGCUCUGUCAGCUUCACUUUCCCUGAUGGACAAGUAUUUGACCUUAAGUUCGUCGCCGACGCCGCCGGCUACCAGCCCCAAUCCUCCUUCUUGCCAGUGGCUCCUGAGUUCCCACAUCCAAUCCCUCAGUUCGUACUGGACCAGAUCGCAUUUGCCGCUCAGGAAGACGCUGCCCGAGCACGUGGUGAAGUCAGGAGUCCAUCCCCAAGCUAUGGCGCUCCCUCAAAAUAAUAAGUUUUAAUGUACAGUUGGAUCUACCACAGAUGAAUUACAUCAUCUGUGAGGAACCACUUGAUUUUUACUGCCGUUGACACACUGACCAUGACACACUGUCAUGAGCAAGGAAGGUAAAUGGGCUGUUAUGUGCUCAUUGGUAUUAUUUCAUGUAGAAUGAGUGUAAAUAGUUUGUCAUAAUUUAUAACUGUUCAACAGUUUGUGUUUCAAAUAAAGUAUAUUGAA